UAUGUAGUCUGCUGUAUUACCGCUUCACUGAAAAAAAAACUAGCGUUGUGCAGACCGGCUGCGGUCGAGUCGGCAGUCGAGGUACCCGCCAUAACCGCCGAGCGAGCCAACCGACGUGGAUGUUUGGCACGCGCGCGCUACCCAUUACUUUUUCGCCGGAUACGCAUGUGAUAGUGGCCACAGACGACGCACCGGUGCGUCCGAUACGAUGUGAUCGGCACGCUAAAAUUAUGCCGUACAGAAUACAAACGGUACAACUCCGUGGAUGUGGCGCGGCCGGCGCUUGGACGCUAUUGCUAGCCGCAUUUCUAUGGAUAACCGUUUGUACUGCCAGCUUACAGCAAGUCACUACCGUAGUCGGUGACACCGACGAUGACUCUGCAGCCGCGGUGCCCGUUGUCCACAAGUGUUGCGGCCGUGACGAAAUAGUCGUGGUCGACCGUUGCCGGAACGCCAACUUGACCGGUUACGAUCUGUGGACGCCAGAAUUCACCCGUGAAGACGCGGGCGGUAGUGGACAGGAAAGCGUAUUACCGCCUUUUUCCGUACCUUAUAGACUAGCUACUGGAUUUCCUAACUGCAAGAACCGACAACAAUGGUUGGUGUAUCAUUAUCGCGGGUCCGGCGAUCGUCUGGCGUUGUUCCCCAGUGGUAAACUCAGGCAUUUUGUACUUAAGCACCCACAUGGCCACAACGACGACCAGGAACAACGGGACUUCGAAGUGGACCACGAACGGUCAUUCGAUUACGAACAAGGAUCCUAUUGCUUGGACAAGGUGAUAGACAUAAACCGCUCAGACAUGGAUGCACAAGUGGCCGUCAUAUGUACGCCGCAAAUACCUUCCCCAUGGACGGACACAGACUACGUGAUGCGCAGGGUUGCCAACCCAGCGUGCCACGCUUUGGCCGUCUUAUGUCUUUUGCUAGUGGCCAUCGUCCAUUUUGUAUUGCCACAGCUUAGAGACUUGAUUGGCAACAUGAUGACUACUUUAGCCUGCUGCUUGAUUGUGGCCAAGGUAGCAGACAUCGUGCGUAUAUUUGUGGAGUAUAAUAGUCCAAUCAGCUACUUAACGGCCGACGCUUUUCUUUACAUUUCUACGUUGGGGUCGUUUUUCUGGCUGAACGCGAUGGGUUACUACAUCUGGCGAACGUUAAGGUCCCGUAACGUUUUCCUACGGAUUACCGACGGCCGAAAAUACUGUUAUUACUCGCUGUACGUGUGGGGAUGCACGUUGGCCAUGGGAGGAAUAGCGCUUUUUGCUGAUCUCAUACUGGACACGCAGCACCAACCAAAUGCACAGGCUGGUUACGCCGGUACGCAGUCUCCGGUCGCUUCGUCCGACAGCGCAACAGAUGGAGCUAUCGGGUGGCUCGGCAUAGCUGUUAUGUUCGUACCGGCCGUGUGUACGAUUCUAGUCAAUUUGUUUUUUUAUGUUUCUACAAAGACGGCCAUCAAACGCAUGUCCACCUAUGGGCAGAUUCAUCAUAAAAUGAAAUACAGCUUCGACAUGUUUUCAAAAUUGUUUGCUAUCAUGGUGGCCGACCUGACGCUGUUCGUCUUGUCGUGGACGCCGCACGACGCAUUCUUUUACACGUACGUGGUGGCCAACCCAGUGCAAGCUAUCCUUGUUCUGUAUGUCACUGUCAUCCGGCCCAAAAGGGUCAAGUAUUUGUUGCGGAAAGCUUGUUGCUACGAACGGUGUCCGUUCUCUUGCUGCAGGCCAAAGGAAACAGACAUCCAAGCGGGCACAGAAUGGGGCGAGGAAAUGAUGGCGUUUAAUACUGCAGACUACUGAUCGCCGACCGCGUACAUAUUGAUUAAUUGCAAAAAAGUACCGUUUCUUUAAAGUUCAUUUUUAUUAUUUUUUAAAUUAUUGAUUUUGUAUGAGAUUUUUUUUAUGGAAAAUACGUGAUAUUAUCAAAACGUACAGUACGCGACUGAUGAUGAACAUAUAACAUUAUGUAUAUACUAUAUAGGUACCUAAUAGUUAUAGAA